AUGCCUUCAUCUUCCACAACCACAGUUUCAAAAUGCAUUAUCUACCCAAACCAAAAAUCAUCCAUAAAACCCUUAAAACUUUCCGUUUCCGAUCUUCCCAUGCUUUCAUGCCACUACAUCCAAAAGGGUAUUUUACUUUCCGCACCUCCUUAUUCCUCUGAAAACCUAAUCCACUCCCUCAAAAACUCUCUCUCAAUUGCUCUCUCUCACUUCCCUCCCCUGGCCGGUCGACUCACCACCGACUCAGACGGUUACAUUUACAUAACCUGCAACGACGCCGGCGUCGAUUUCGUUCACUCAAAAGCUAAACACCUUACACUAAACACCGUCCUUUCACCUUCCCUCAUAGACGUUCACCCAUGUUUCAAGGAAUUCUUCGCUUACGACUUGCCGGUUUCUUACUCCGGCCAUAAAACCCCCCUCGCCGCCGUCCAAGUCACCGAACUCGCCGACGGUGUUUUCAUCGGUUGCACUGUUAACCAUUGCGUAACCGACGGAACUUCUUUCUGGCACUUCUUCAACACGUUCGCCGCCGUCACUAAAAACACCACCGCCGCCGUCAAGAUCUCGAAAUCUCCAGAUUUCACUCGCGACACAGUCUUCAACUCCACCGCCGUCCUCCCAAUUCCCGCCGGUGGUCCCGCCGUCACCUUCGACGUUGACGAGCCCAUCCGUGAACGCGUCUUCCAUUUCUCUCGUGAAUCCAUUCUCAAACUCAAACACAGAGCAAACAGUAACUGUAACAGUAACAGUAACGGUUUCACAGAUCCAACGGAAUUGAUAGGAAAACAAGCGAACGACGGAUGGAAAAACGGUAACUCUAACGGUCACGUUAACGGAAACGCAACUGUUAACGGAAACGCAACUGCUAACGGAAACGGAAAAACUAACUACAGAAACGAGAUAUCGUCGUUUCAGUCGUUAAGUGCUCAACUAUGGCGUUCAGUGACACGUGCACGAAAAUUAGAUUUAUCCAAAACGUCGACGUUUCGUAUGGCUGUGAAUUGUCGUCACAGACUAAACCCAAAAAUGGACGCGUUUUAUUUCGGUAACGCGAUUCAGAGCAUCCCGACCGUUGCUUCGGUGAAAGAUAUAAUAUCCAACGAUCUAAAAUUCUGCGCGGAGCUUCUUCAUAAAAACGUCGUCGUAUACGAUGACGCUACGGUGCGCCGCGGGAUAGAGGAUUGGGAGAAUAAUCCUAGGUUGUUUCCACUUGGGAAUUUCGAUGGGGCUAUGAUAACUAUGGGAAGUUCACCUCGUUUUCCUAUGUACGAUAAUGAUUUUGGUUGGGGGAAACCUUUGGCGAUUCGAAGUGGAAGAACAAAUAAAUUUGAUGGGAAAGUUUCAGCUUUUCCUGGUAGAGAAGAAAAUGGAAGUGUUGAUCUUGAAAUCGUUUUGGCUCCUAAAACUAUGGCAGGACUUGAAAACGACAUGGAGUUUAUGCAGUAUGUUACAGAGGUUGUAGUGUGA